AUGGAUCAUCAUCUGAUACUGGUAGACAAUGUAAAAGUGUCGUAUUUGACCGAGAAAGUUGAAAAUUCGGACAAAUUACGUCCGUUUAUCAUCGUUUAUUACGAUUCACUGGCCUAUGUCAGUUGUCUGUCGUUGCGUUUUCGAUGCUAUUCAUCUUGUGCGGGCGGAAUUCAUCGUCGGCCAGUGGUACUGUGUUUUUCACUAGAAAAUGGGUGA